ACGUACCUUUUUGCUUCUUUGCCUUUCGCGUCUCAUCAUCGACUCUAUUAUUUCAUCCCUCAUAUGUACAGAUACAGUCGCCCGAAUGCCUACCUCUUAAGCCCGACCGCUCUCCACUCGACCGUCUACCACUACAUCCUUUGACUAUCGGGGAACCCUGACGAAAAGAAAAAGAAAAAAAAAACCCAACGUAAAGGAUGUCGGUUCUACUCGAGACGAGUGCCGGCGACAUAGUGAUAGACCUAUUAGUUGAUUACGCGCCAAAAGAAUGUGAGAACUUCAUAAAACUCUGCAAGGUCAAAUACUACAACUUCUCGCCCGUUCACUCGAUCCAACAAAACUUCUCAUUUCAAACUGGCGACCCUCUCGGCCCUAUCUCUGCCGCUUCCGAUGGCGGUUCCUCGAUAUGGGGUCUUAUAUCCGGGCCCUCUAAGAAGACGUUCAAUGCUACAUUUCAUCCAAAGUUGAGACACCUUGAAAGAGGUACUGUCUCAAUGGCUACUGCCCCCCACCCGUCCGACCCCGAUGUCCGUGUUGCCGGUAGCCAAUUCAUCGUCACCCUCGGCGACAACACUGAUUAUUUAGACGGGAAAGCAGCUAUCUUUGGAAAGGUGGUCGAAGGAUUUGAUGUACUCGAGAAAGUUAAUAACGCCAUCACCGAUAAAGACGGCCACCCACUCGUUGAUAUUCGCAUAAAACACACCAUCAUCCUCGAUGAUCCCUAUCCCGACCCAUCUGGGUUACGAGAGCCUAGUCAAUCGCCGCCGCCGUCCAAGGAGCAGCUUGCUACAGUCAGGAUCGCCGACGAUGCGCCCUUAACAGAAGAGGUAGACGAGGAGGCGGCGGAAAAAACGCGGCGUGAAAGGGAGGCCCGCGCGCAGGCUCUCACACUUGAGAUGAUGGGCGACCUUCCAUUCGCCGAAGUUAAACCUCCAGAGAAUGUACUUUUUGUCUGCAAACUGAACCCUGUAACGACCGAUUCCGAUCUCGAACUUAUAUUCAGUCGUUUCGGGAAGAUUCUGUCAUGCGAAGUGAUACGCGACAAGAAGACGGGGGAUAGUCUGCAAUAUGCCUUCGUCGAAUUUGAAGACAAGGCAGCGUGCGAGUCGGCUUACUUCAAGAUGCAAGGUGUGCUCAUCGACGACCGAAGGAUACACGUCGACUUCAGUCAGAGCGUGAGCAAGUUGGCCGAGGUCUGGAGGGGCGGCGAAAACGCCAAGAGAAAACGCAGGCGCGAGGGUGGCGGAUGGGGUGGCGUCAAAGGGCUGGAGAAAUGGAGAAAAUACAGAGAAGACGACGGCCGGGACGACACCGAGGAUCAUUACAGCAUGGUUUACGGAGAGGAAGAAAUGCGAGGCCGGCAUGAACGACAGAGAGACAGCCGAGAUCAAGAUGACCGGCGGAACCGAGAUCCUGAACGCUUCAGAGAUAGAGAUAAGGAUAAGAUCCGUGACGAUGCGGAUCAAAGCAGACCUCGGGAUGGUGGAUAUGGGCGCGACCGGGAUGGUAGACCGCAGUCGCGAAGUCGAAGUCCAGCGAGAGAUAAGCCUCGAGAUAGAAACCGGUACGAUAAUCACCGAAGGAACGAUCGCUUUAGGCACCGAGAUGAAGACCGGCGUGGGAAUAAUCAAGAAAGAGACCGGCCCCGUGGCGAUUAUAGGCGGAGAUGACAGCCUGUUUCAUUCAGUAUCUUUCAUAUGAGCCGACUAUCAUAUCGUGUAGGGUGGGUUUAGUUAACGACCGCCUCCGGCCACGUAAAUCAAAUUUUACGAAGCCGUGUUCUAAUUCUAAAUCUGGCUACCCAAGCAGCUACUUAGACCACGCGGCCAUAUGCGGUCGUGAUAAUUUAAUUCUGCGUAUAGCUUGGGUAUAGGGAUAUACCUUCUUACGUUAUAAGUACCUAACCUAACCUCAGGUACCUAACCCAUUAGGUACGCUUCAACUCAUUCAUAUCCCUUAAAUUCCUCAUACGUUCGGUAGCGAUCACCGGCACAAACGGAUUUAUCUUUAUACCUCACAUAAGCACAUUUAUGUCUACCACCGACUUUUGUUAGAGGUCUAAGUCAUGCUAUAUUAAGUCUGGAAUGGACAAAUAUCGGCUUGACAGAGUGCAGUGAGGCAUAGAUUCGACGACUUGAUAGUGGCCAUCUUUUGGGUCUUCAUGUUCGUCCUGCGCCUGGUAAGAAAGAAGAAGAGUCGAUUCAAGAGUUUUCGAUGCCACUAUGACAAAUUCUCAAGUCAGAGCAAAGUUUAGGCACUCAACUAGCCAUUCUGAUCAGCAAUGAAGAGGUUGGUCGAUCUAGGUUAGGUUAGGUUAGGUCAGGUAGGUACGCGGGAUAUAGACAAUCUAUUCGAAAUUGUAACUACUCGAUAAAACUUACCUGGUUCAAA